UACUGCGGGACUGCGUUGCAGACGAUGCAGUGCAGAAGUGGUUUUUGUGCCGACUGACAUUUCUUACUUUUCUACGCAAUUCCUUCUGUUAGUUCGUUGUCAAUUUGAAAUGGAAAGCCGACCUUGCAUAAGUGAUUUACCUUACAGCAAAAGUGGUGAGAAAGAACAAGAUGAAAAACUUCUACAACCAUUUCAGUACAUUUUACAAGUCCCAGGGAAACAAGUACGAGCCAAAUUGGCCCAUGCAUUUAACUAUUGGCUCAAAAUACCUGCUGAAAAGUUGUCAGCUGUUGGCGAUAUCGUUCAGAUGUUGCACAAUUCAAGUUUGCUGAUAGAUGACAUCCAGGACAACUCCACUCUGCGCAGGGGUAUUCCUGUCGCUCACUCUAUUUAUGGUGUUGCAAGCACAAUUAAUGCUGCCAACUAUGUGAUGUUUGUUGCUCUUGAAAAGGUUUUGAGUCUGAAUCACCCAGAGGCAACACAUGUGUACACGCAGCAGCUCUUGGAGCUACACAGAGGUCAAGGCAUGGAAAUAUACUGGAGGGAUAAUUUUUCAUGCCCCACAGAAGAAGAGUAUCGUCAAAUGACUAUUCGGAAGACUGGUGGUCUUUUCAUGCUUGCCAUCCGCUUGAUGAGAUUAUUUAGUGAGAGUGAUGAGGAUUUCACUAAUCUCACUGGAAUCUUGGGUUUGUAUUUCCAGAUAAGAGAUGAUUACUGCAACUUGUGCUUACAAGAGUACUCCGAGAACAAGAGCUACUGUGAAGAUCUAACUGAAGGAAAAUUCAGUUUCCCUGUGAUUCAUGCUAUCCGUAGCAAACCUGAUGAUCUUCAAGUCAUUCAUAUACUACGCCAACGCACGCACAGUGUUGAAGUGAAACGAUACUGCAUUCAACUCCUGGAAAAACUUGGUUCAUUCAGUCAUACUCGGGAUGUUCUCAUGCAGUUGGAUGCAGAAGCUCGUGCAGAGGUCCAGCGACUUGGUGGUAAUCCUCUGAUGGAAGCAGUUUUGGACGACCUACUCUCCUGGCAACAAGGCACGAUUCCUCCCAUUGAACAAUAGGAAUCCAAGGUAAACCAAGUUUACCAUUAUUUAUUCAUGUCUAAACCUAGAGGUGCCCUUUGCACCAUAUUGCCCACCUUAUUGAGCAAUAGAUAGACAGAAAUGCUGCCCAGCUUAUCAUAUCAUAAUGCAUUCCUUACACUCUGAGGUGUGUUGAUUAUCAUGAAGGUAGUGAUAAAAGUAUACUGGAUUGUCUUCCUUAUUUAUGUGAUGUUCUUGUUACGCCUUUUCUCUAGUUUCUAUUUUAAAGAUAUGAACAUGUAAAAUUUUUAAAUUAGAUUUUUUUGAGCAUUUCUCAAGAGCAUAAAGGGUGCCUUUCUAUUCUUGUUUCUCCCUAACAAAAUCAUGCCUUUCCUUUUGACAUUUAAGAUUCUUUAAAUAAACUGGCUUGAAUGAUCAUUGUUAGCAUCCAGUUUUAGGAGCACAGAUAAUGGUGCAUUUAUUAGCAAAACUAUAAAAAGCAAAUCAACAUACAUUCAAUAUCAUGAAAAAGAUGAAUGAGAUUUCUUAGUACUUUAUAUCAAUGGAUGAUUUGUACUUAACAAUUGCUCAAUAUGCAAGUGAUCCUUUAUUGUAUCGAAUGUAUGUGCAUGAUGGUAGUUUGUAAUGUUCUCCAAACUACCAAUGGAACAAUUUUUUGUAUGUUAAUUUAUGUUAUGGUUUUAAUGAAGUAGUUCUAUGAGUAUGACAUCUAGAUUUUAGUACCUAAGUGCUUAAAAGUGAGUAGAGUACCCAUGUACUGAUUGAAUAACAAGUUAGGUUCCAAUCCUUCUGAUGUGGUGUUUUUGGUGAUGGAUUUUUAUAGGUUUGAUUGUUAUAGAAACCCAUCAGUAUUGUAGGAAUGUGCUCAAAUUGGAAAUAACAACUGAAACAAAUCCAUGGUGGUUUCUGUAGACUUCAUUCUUUGUUCCAUGAUUUACAAGGAAAAACAAUGUUUCAAUUUUCUAUAUAAAAAGUGGGUGUUUUAUUCCCAUGGCCACUUACUCAAUUUCUUGAACUUUGUAGGUGCAGAACAUUUUUCUAUUUGUGAAAAGAUUUUGUAUGAUCUGUUGUUUACAUGGACUUUGUGAUUUGACAAUAACUAGUCAUCUGUUGCCUGUUGUUUUAUAUUUAUUAUUAUUACUGUAUUAAAUUAAUGUGUUCUUUCCCUUCAAAAUGAAGCUUUGUAUGUUUGAUGUUAAGUGUUAUGAUCCUGUGAAUCUGAACCGUACUUAGCACAUCCUCCAUUAAAGUAUUAACAUUCCUAUUUGCCCCUUAAUAGACGAAUGAUCCAUGCAUGAUCAAUAUGUUGUCUUAAAUACAUUCCUUGAAACAAGUUGUGCUUUAUAUUACAGUAGUUACAUCUGUGACUUCCCUUUAAAUUCUGAUACUUACUAAUUUGUUCAUUAGAUUUCUAGAAUUUGCUUCAAUAAAAGUUAAAAAAAGAAAAACAAUUAAGAAGGGGGUGAUGCGAGAGGAAGAAUCUGUCCAAUUUAUCGACAAUAACCAAUCAAUGCUGCACUGUGAUUUUUUACACCUUCAAAGUAUCUUGACAAUUUUGUUAUUGACAAAACACUGAAAUGAGAAUUUUUUUGUCUAAAGUGCACUUUAAUGGUGCACUGAAUCUGUGUGUUUAUGAUAUUUAGAGUUGUUUCACUGUGUCUUUCACUUUGAAAUACUGUAUUAUGUCUAUGCAAGUAGGCGAGUUCAAAUAUUGUCACAAAUUGUCACUAAUAUUUAUUUACACAACCGAUAAAACCAUUAACAAUUAAUUAUACAAAUAUACAAGGAAUGU